UAGAGGGAGGCUACUCUCACAAACGGAAACAUGUGAAGGACGUCUAGUUUUGUAAUUUUUCCUUAAAAUGUCACAACGAGAAUUAAAAUGAAACGCAGUAGUGAAACAUCGGAUGAUAGUCUGACCCCAAGUCAGCAGAUGAUUUCGUCAUGUUCUGGGGCAAUUCUUACCUCAGUUUUCGUUACACCCCUCGAUGUGGUGAAGAUUCGACUGCAAGCUCAGAGUAAACCACAAGCAUUUACCAAGGGUCAUUGUUAUCUAUACUGCAAUGGUUUGAUGGAUCAUACAUGUGUCUGUCUCAACGGAAAUACUGUUAACCUCUCUGUGAAUGCGAAAAGUUGGCAAAAAAACUGGUACAAGAGGCCUGGCAACUUUAAUGGAAUGUUUGAUGCACUUUAUAGAAUAGGAAGAAAUGAAGGAAUAACUUCCCUAUGGAGCGGAUUACCUCCUACACUAGUAAUGGCAGUCCCCGCCACUGUUGUAUAUUUUACAAGUUACGAUCAGAUUAAGACAGCCCUAAGUCACAGCUAUAACAUUCCAGUACACACAUGGUGGAUUCCUGUAGUAUCUGGGAGUAGUGCUAGAGUAUUUGCUGCAACUGUGAUUAGUCCCCUUGAGUUGAUACGUACAAAGAUGCAGUCAGAACAGCUGACAUACAGACAGGUGCGCGAAGCUGUCAGGACGACGAUACAACAAGACGGUAGCCUUUCGUUGUGGAGGGGACUUGCCCCAACAUUGCUCAGAGAUGUGCCAUUUUCAGCAUUAUAUUGGUUAAGUUAUGAGAUGAUGAAGGCCAAAGUAAUGAAAGACGGACAGAGUACAAAGUUAUCAUUUGUGGAGAGUUUUGUAUCUGGUGCAUGUGCUGGAACACUUGCAGGUAUUGUUACAUUACCAUUUGAUGUGAUCAAAACACACAGACAGAUAGAGCUUGGAGAGGUUGUGUUUGCCAAAGAAAAGAAGGAAGUGAGUUCCACCUGGAAGUUGAUACAGAAUCUGUACAGACAACAGGGAAUAAAGGCCUUAUUUACAGGUUUAGCACCAAGAGUUAUGAAAGUUGCUCCAGCUUGUGCAAUUAUGAUCAGCACCUAUGAACAUUGUAAACUUUUCUUUAGACAGAGGAACUUAGAACUGCAGGAAAAUAGAUAACAUAUACUGGAUAUCUAGUUAACCUGCUUCCGCGUGCUUCAUUAUUCAUUCUUUCUGGAACAAAAGACACGUUACCAUGGAGACAGGUACCUCUCGGCUACAGCUGGGAGAAGUAGACGCCAGUGUAUCACUGUCUUGGAAUUGUGCUGAGUAUUCGUCAAAGAUGAAGAUGUGCCAAAUAUUUCUGACAAUUAUUUGUUGUCUGAGAGGAAGACUUGUUGUGAAAUUGGUGAUGUCUUGCCAAGCAUUGAUGUCCAAGAAAGAAGGCCUUCAAAUUUCAUACCAGCUCAUGAUAUUCAUCAAAUUAAGAUAUGGAACACUGACAGCAACAAAUCUUAUAGUAAAGGAAAGUAAUCAGAUUCAUUCCAUAUAUUUAAACAGAAUUAUCCUUGUUAGUGUCUCAUGAUGUUAUUGCAUGAAGAGAGGUAGUUUUAAUGAAAUGAAAAUGUUUCAGUCAGUCAUCGUCUACAUAUCUGUAGUACAGUGACCAGUAAAAUUGCUUGUUUGAAUCACUUGUUCUGUCUCAAUGUAGUUCUUUUUCUUGAAUUUCUCCUAAAUUUUCACCAGAUAAAAGCUAUUUCUCUUCUUUCUGAAAGUUUUACGAGUGAAGGUAAAAACAUUUUAAGUUAUAAGAUAUAGUUUAAUAACUUUUCCUGUCUGGAUCUGUUGCCUGGGUUGGAAAUUUAUAAAAUUGUGUUGCUCAGAAUUUGAAAAUAAUUUGUUAAUUCUUAAACUGCAUUAAGCAAUUGGCGCAAAAUUGUGUUAGACAUUGAACUUAAAUUUUUUUCUUACCAUUCCCUAGGUUCCUAGAAUAAUGCAUGCUGUAAGUAGUACUAUUAAGUAUACCUAGAAACAUGUUUGUGACAGUAUUCGUGAAUCAAAUGAGUUUUCCGAUCAGAUCCUAGUCAGUAUAUUGAUAUUUAUAUUUUUAUUGCAUUAAUUACCUCACAUUGAAUGUUACAAAAUGGGUAAAAAUAGAUAUUAGAGAAGUGUUGUUUUCCUGACUUGUGUCAGUGUAAAGUACUAAAUCUCCUUUCAUGAUAAUUAUGAGAGUUGCAGGCUAAUUGUUUGAUUUAAUCAAGGUACAAGUAAGUGUACAUGUUUAAAACACUAGUUUAUUUACUACACGUUUUAGCCUUCAUAUAUAUAUAUAUAUAUAUAUAUAUAUAUAUAUAUAUAUAUAUAUAUAUAUAUAUAUAUAUAUACUGUAAAAGUCUAUUUUUCGUGAGGUUUUUAUUUUCGUGAAAAUCGCAAAUGAACAUUCUCUCAAUUUAAUCUGUCUCGCUAAAAUUUCUGUCUUAAUAUUUUCAAGUUUUAUGUAUAUAAAUACCAGAAAUUCCCGAUUUCAAUGUGGCGACCUCGCGAAUUCAAAAACUCGCAAAAAAAAAACCAAACAGAAAAUCGCGAAAAAAAAACAACCCGCGAAAUAUAAGACUUUUACAGUAUGCUGUACUAUUAUAACUGAUAUGAGUCACUUGCUAUCAUGAACAGACACAGACAAACCUAAUCUGUGUUUAUUUUUGCUUUGUUGUGAUUUCUGCUUCCAGCAGAUCUUCUUAUAAGUUUUAUUAACCCUUAUCAUGCUGGACACAUUGAUUCUGUCUUUGUGACAAGUGUAGAUCAUGAUCAUCCUGCACAUCCAUGCAGUCUGAUCAAGAUCUGCACUGUUCAACAUUCAGUCAGUAUCUUUUCUGGUAAGCAUCCCUUUUAACAGUUAAUGGUACUGCCCAAAUUGAAAGGUGGACAAAUCCAUUAUAGACAUUUAGCAGGGUGAGGGUAGGGUUAACUAUCACUACAGCAGUCUUUAUGUGCUGUGUGUCAGCUGAAAAAUAUAUUAAAAGUUCACUUUAAAACUGUUGCUUGUGCAUGUGGGGUGUUAUACAUUUCAUCACUUUUUUGAACAUAUUUAACCUUUAGCCUGCUGGCGGCAAGUGAUUCUGCCUUUGCGACCAGUGCAGACCAAGAUCAGCCUGCACAUCCGUGCAGUCUGAUCAUGGUCUGCACUGUUCGCUAUCCAGUCAGUAAAUUUUCAGUGAACACCCCUUCGAAUGAUAAAUGGUAUUGCCCAAAUUGAAUGAUGGACCAGUCCAUUUUAGUUAUUUAGCAGGCUAAGGGUUAAUCAAAGAGUCUGCUAUUAUUUUGUCUGAUUGCAUUCUAUGCUUCAAAAGGAUCAUUAUCAUUGAUCAUUAUAAGCUUGUCUGAUCUUUCAAAAUAAAAAAAAUAAGAUAUUGUAAUUACCUGAUAUCAUUGGUAUUGGUAAAAAAAUUGUUUAUGCUCAUCUUUCUUUGACAACUAUAACAGCUAUAGCUUUGAAAUUUGUGCACUUGUUUAUCAUCAUUGGGUGAGAUGGCCAAUAACGAUAAUUGUAAUUUUCCCGCCACUUGGCUGAAAUAGUGAGACUGCAGAUCUACAGAUCAGGUGGUCAUGAGUUUGAUCUUCAGUAGAGAUGUAUGUUCUCUCUGUGACGAUUUGAUAGAAGACGUUGUGUAGUAAAUUAUUGGUCAUACACACCUGAUUUAUGUGGUGAAGUUGGUAAUUACUUCUGGAGAACAGGUCAGUUCGGGUACAGAAUUGAAGUACACUUGCUAGAUUAAUUGCCUGUCUUACUUAGCUGAAAUACUGUGAAAAAUGGCACUAAACCCCAAAACAAACAGGCAUUUUACCAGAAUUAUGGCCCUUUUUGUUUUUCUUUCUUGAUUUAACAUCUUUUAAAUUAGUUUAGAAACAGAAAAAAAUGUUCUUAUGUGCUGACUAAACAUCAGUUUUUAUAUCAAAAUCAUUUUUAGCCAAAAUCUGGAAUCCAGUCCCUUUAAAAGAAUUUUACAUGGUUUUUCUUUAUGACUAUAAAAUAGAUCAUUAGAAGUUUUUUUGUCACGCUGUAUUUGUUACUUUUAUCAUAUAAUAUUAACUGUUAAAAUCAUGUCAACAUGCUUGUUUAGUUUUAUUUGUUAAAACUCGGCAUAAAAGUUUUAUGGAACACA